AUGUGCAAUACUAUUUUUUACACAGUUUUGUAGAUGACUGUGAUUAUCGCGAUGUAUAAUCAUUGUGUUUAUUGAAGCAUGUGAAUCAAAAUGGACGUUAAUGAGGAAUCAUUUUACUUCUGCCACAUUUGUAGCUCUGGGCGCGCGCCUACUGAAGUUAUGUUAUGCCCAAAUGGUGACUUUUUAUGUCUAGUAUGCAGCCAAGAGGGCUUUGUUGAAAAGAUCGCCGCCCCUAGGAGCCCAGCUUUCCCUAAUAUGCAUAUUGCUUUUGGUGGACCUCAUCAUAUGCAUAGUAUGGGACAAGCUCACGUACUUCCACCUAUGGAAGGCAUGUCGGACCCCUUCUCAAGUGCACUUGGAAUGCCACUUCAGAAUUUUAUUGAGGGAGUAUUUCGUAAUGCUGUGCCGCAGAGCCAACAUCAUAAUACAUUUACCUUCCGUAGUAACGUGAUCGGAGCUCCUAACAUCCGCGUUACGCGUUAUAAUAUGGGACCUCCACAUGCUGGCGAUAUGCCAUUUGCUCAAGCCCCUAAUAAUGAAAAUAGCACCGUGAAUGAUGAGGCUAUUCCUCAGCAGUUUUUUCGUGCUUUUAUGCAGAAUCCCUUUGACUUGCGGGCGAUAAAUCAAUUUUUGACAUAUGUAAUGGAGAACGACCCUAAUCGUGAAGGACCUCCCCCUACUGCCAAGCGUAUACUCGAGAAUUUGGAGACAGAGACCCUUGAUGAGGAGCAUGCCAAGGAGCUUGGGACUUGUGCCAUAUGCACCGAGGAUUUUGCCGCAGGUGAUCGCAUUAAUUGGAUAUCUAAGGAUCGCAAGCUAUGUGGCCACGGGUUUCACGUGGACUGCAUCGUACCAUGGUUGAAGCAGCAUAAUUCAUGCCCCGUUUGCCGCUAUGAGCUCCCUACUGAUGAUGAAGAUUACAACCGUCAGCGUGAGGAGCUACGUUCCCGUUUAGUUGAGGAGGUUCAGAGACAUGUAGAGAGCGCUCCUCCCCCCGAAACUGUGAAUACUUCCGCCCCGGAGAAUCCAGUUGAAACGGAGCAGGCACCCAGGAACGAACAACCACAGGAGCCACAAAGAAGGGGAACGCAUCCUUCUUAUGAAACCUAUUGUAAUGUUCAGUGAAACAAUAUCUAUUAAUGAUAUAUAAACUGA